CGUGGUCAAAUAACAGAUCUACAACUCAUCAGGAACCUCACUUCCGCCUCGGCAGCCCCGUCCACGUUGUUGUCAGAUCUGCGCCUGCGCAGAGGGCGCGCAGCUGCGAGCGCCCGCUGGCUGCUACUUCCUGGAUGCUCGGGUUAGCUUAGCACUGUGUGUGUGUUAGUGUGUGUGUGUGUUAGCGUGUAUUAGUGUGUGUGUGUAUGUGUGUGUGUUAGCAGCAUGAGAGGACCGGAGGCUCCGGGCUGCAGGAGGUGACUUCACCGAGGAGAACACGACAAACAGACGUUUCUGACGGAGCUCAGCUCGACGACAUGGAUUACUGGAGUGCCUUGGAGGUGUACAAGGAGAUGGUCCUGCUGUACCUGGAGGAGGGCCGGCGGCACGUCAACUCCCGCUGCGCUGACCUGGAGCCGUGGCAGAUCAUCGGAGUGACCGUCAUCACCACGCUGGGAGCUGUCUGGGUCAAAGGCUUCCUGUUCCAGCAAGAAAGCCUGAUGUCGCGAAUCAAGAAGCAGUGCUUCCGACUCAUCAGAAAAAUACCCUUCGUUGGCGGAGCGAUUCAGAGUCAGCUGAACAAGGCUUUGGACGACAUGUCUGCCAGCCUGUGCACUCUGAAGAACGGGAUGAGCUACACUAAACAGUUGCCGUCUAAAGGCCUCUCUCAGAGCCAAGUGCUGGACAAAAUCAGAGAGUACGAGACUCUGAAUGAGGUGCCGUGGGAGAAAGGAUGUGUUUCGGGGGCAGUUUACUGGGGCGAUGCAUCCCUGACCAAACUCCUGGUGAAGGUAUAUGGAGAUUUUGCUUGGAGCAAUCCACUUCACCCAGACAUAUUUCCAGGCGUUAGAAAGAUGGAGGCUGAGGUUGUUAGAAUGGCCUGCACGCUUUUCCAGGGCGGACCUGACUCCUGUGGCGCUGUCACUUCAGGGGGAACUGAGAGCAUAUUGAUGGCCUGCAAGGCGUACAGAGACAUGGCGUAUGAGCGAGGUGUCAAAUACCCUGAAAUCAUUGCACCUGUGAGCGUCCACGCGGCCUUUAACAAAGCUGCACAUUACUUCGGGAUGAAGCUCGUUCACAUUCCCCUCGACAAUAAAACAAUGAAAGUAGACGUGAAGGCCAUGAAGAGAGCCAUCAGCAAGAACACAGCCAUGCUUGUGUGCUCAGCGCCGCAGUUUCCCCAUGGAAUCAUAGAUCCCAUUGAGGAAGUAGCCAAGCUGGCUUUACGCUACAACCUCCCCCUGCACGUGGACGCGUGUCUCGGAGGUUUCCUCAUUGUCUUCAUGGCCAAGGCUGGUUAUCCUCUCGCCCCGUUCGACUUCAGAAUAAAGGGUGUUACCAGCAUCUCAGCAGACACCCACAAGUAUGGCUACGCCCCUAAAGGUUCCUCAGUGAUCCUGUACAGCGAUAAAAAAUACCGUCAUUACCAGUACUUCGUGGCUCCAGACUGGCAGGGGGGAAUCUACGCCUCGCCCUCUAUAGCGGGCUCCAGGCCAGGAGGCAUCAUCGCCGCCUGCUGGGCGACCAUGAUGCACAUGGGAGAGAAUGGAUACUUAGACGCCACCAAGAAAAUCAUCAGCACAGCUCGCAAAAUCAAAACAGAAAUCUGCAAGAUAAAAGGCGUGUUUGUGUUUGGGGACCCAGAGGUGUCAGUGGUGGCGAUGGGCUCGGAUGUUUUCGAUAUCUUUCGUCUUUCUAAUGCACUGACGUCGAAGGGCUGGAAUCUGAACACACUGCAGUACCCAUCCAGUAUCCACAUUUGUUGCACAGUUCUGCACACACAGUCGGGGGUCGCGGAUAAUUUCAUUCGUGAUGUCAAAGAGCAGGUCGCCAUCAUCAUGAAGAACCCCAAAGAGAAAACCACAGGAAUGGGAGCGAUCUAUGGCAUGGCCCAGUCCAUCCCAGACAGAUCCAUGGUGACAGAGAUCUCCCAGGGCUUCCUCGACUGUCUCUACAGCACAGAGGUGCCCAAGACUAACACCAGCCACAUGAACGGCAACGGCAAAGCUCACUGAAACAGGAAUCGGGCCCCCGAUGCCUGACUGCAUGCUUGCCUCUCCCCCAGAGCUCAGAGUUAAUCACUCAACAGUUGCCUUAUCUUGCACACCUACAACACAUGAAAACAUCUGUAAACAUCUGUGAAGCACAAGCCAUCGUCAUUUGGGGGAAAUCACUUGUAACACUCUGCGCUCACAGCGCAGAGAAGUGACAGAUUCCAAACACGUUUUAUUCAUUUUAUUUGAUUAACUCAUUGUUGUGGAAGAGUGUGAGUUGGUUUUAUGUUCUCAAUACUCAUUUCAAUUGUAGCUUAUGUUCAAUGCAUCUAUCUCUUACAAUAUACACUGAUUUCACCGUGAAACCAUUCAUUUUCUUUUUCCAAACUCCAGAACAUUUCAGCUCACCAUCACGGCUUCAAAAAUCUGUGAUGACUCAGCAAAAACAGAGACCACUGAAAGCUUGUUAGAAACGCUGUGCUGCCCUCUAGUGGGACAUCUGAUGUGCUGCUCUAGACUGGCUCUGCAUGUGGCAGUAUGACUCAGGCUUUUGGUUAUCAUCAUCCCAUCAUCUCUGGAAAAUAGCGUUCAUAUGAAAAAAGCACUGCAGUGCCCUGACAAGAACAUAUCAGUUGAAUGUGGGACUCACUUGAAACGACAGAUCUCAGAUGCGAUGGUUCGUCUGUAAUCCUGUUUAUCUACAUUGUUUUUGUUUGAAGUCCGGCCACUAUGGUUGGAUUUGUAGACACAGGGAGAAAGUUUUUGAUAGUGAGAGCUUUUAAUGUCAUUAUGCAAUAUUUAAAAAAGCAAGGGAAAAGUAAUAACCACAGCAGGAAUACAUCCGCCACUUAUUUUAUUAAUUGUUUUCAGAUUUCCUCACAGCAGUUGGCUUGUAAAGUAAAUUAAUGAAAGUCAAAAUCUUUUGUCAGACUGGAUUGAAGGCUGUUUCCAACCCUGGUCCACUGUUUAUUAUUAAUUAGCAGUAAUAGUAAUCAGUAGUCUGCCUGUAGUACAUUGUUUUAAUCAUUUGUCUCCUAAUUCAAUCUACCUCAGUUUCUACUCAAUGCAAAUUAUUCAUCCACUGAAACUCAUCCUAACAGGGCCACUGUUUUUUUCCCCAUUAAUCUAACAGAAGCUUCAGAAUGUUCAGGCAUUUAACAAACUAAUAAAGUGUUCUUAAAUACACAGGUGCAUCUAAAAAAUUAGAAUGUAGUGGAAAAGGUUUUUUUUGUAAUAAAUGAAACUUUCAUGUGUUCUAUAUUCAUUACACACAUUUUGUGUUUCAAUGAUUGCGGCUUAAAGUUAUGAAAAUCUAAAAUUCAAUUCUUCAAAAAUAUUCAAAUAUUUCUUAAGAUCAAUUAAAAAAGGGAUUCACAAUAUAAAAAAUUCCAACUUCUGAAAGGUAUGUUUAUUUAUGCACUUAAUACUUAGCCCCAGCUCCCUUACCACUGAGAAAUGGUCCAGUUAUUUUUCUCCUCAGCCCAGAUAUGACACUCCUGACGUUGUCUCUGUCCAAUGUGACAGUCUUAAAAUGAAAUAUUUUGAGAUUGUUAAAAUAAGAAAAAGACUGAAACAUUAGUUUAUGUGUAAUGAGUCCAGGAUAUAUAUUAAUAUUUUCACUUUUUAAAAUAACAAACUUUGAACGAUUUCACGAUAUUCUAAUGUGAGAUGCACCUGUCCUCAUACGAAAAGCAAUCAGAUCCACUGUGACGGAGGUCUCUCUGUCUGAAUGUGGGUAUACUGUGGUAAAAAUGUAAACAUUCACUUACAGGCUAAUAACAAAGUAACAACGUAUACUGUCACACCAAAAGGACUUUGUGUUCUCUUUAUUUCAUGUGAUUUCCUAAUAUUGCUUGUUGUAAUUGUGUUUCCAUGAAAUUACUUCCAUGUUUGUGCAAUAUGUAACUUUUCCUUUUUAUGAAUGAGAAAUGAAGGGGAACGCUCCACUAUUAAUGUUGAAGAGAUACGUUAUUAGAAGUGUAGUGUUGAAUGGUGGCUCAUCAGCCUUGUUGGUGUAGUUUAACCAUUCGUGUUUAUUAGACACUUAAUUUGUGAGUCUUCUUUUUUCGUGAAGCUGUGUUUUUAUUUACAAAGCAGUUAUAAAAGAGAUGAGAUAUGAAUGUAUUUAGGUUAUUACAUGUGCAGGGAUCCACCAUCUUUUAGUCAUUUGCCUGGUUGUAAGACUGAUGACAUAAGACUCGCUGUAAUACCCCCACUAACGGUUGAAGCUUGUACUAUCCAUUCAUCCUUUAAUACUGCAGCCAGUGAAAGGAUGUGGAAACUUAUGCCUGUGCAAAAAAAACAAGGGCUUUUCCAGCAAUGACUCUUCCUUUUUGCUUUGGAGACAUGUCCUCAACAAGUGUGAUGAUUGAAUGGCCAACAAAUCUCUUUUAAAUAAAAACUUUUAAUGAGAA